CCGACUGCUCGCGUCCUUCCCGGGCCCCGCGCCCGGCGCGUUUGAGCGGCACGUGGCCUUUGGUACUCUGUUUCCUCAGACAUUCUUACCCAACGUCAGAGGGGACAUUAGGAGUGACCGAAGGCGGGGAUCGUUCCUGUUCCACCUUUCUGAGCCCAUCACCUCGUCUCCAUGCGCAGUUGCGCAACGGUUCUUGAGUUCGUGUGCAGAAUGCGUGUUUGUCCUUUGAGAAGGGAGUAUGAUGCGUGCACGGUAAUGCUGUGCAUUUAAAAUCGUGGAGGUUUUCGCCCUGGUUGGUCGUUAGUCGGGGUGAUUUACGUGAAGACCGGGAGCCUUCACUUUUCCUCAUGAAGUGCAUCCUCUUUCCCUAAUCGCCACCCCAGCAUGACCUCCGAAGGCUUCUAAUAAUGAUUGAAAUGGUUUAGUCAGUUACCCCAAGCGUGGAAACUUCCUUACUGCCAGUUUUCUGUGACUGAGGAGGGAAGAAGGCUGGAUAUCUCACUAUUUGGCAGCUCUUCCAUACAUAGUGAAUUAAGGAUCCAGACUUCUACCUAGUGGUUUUGCCAUCCAUGGACACCCCAUCAUCAACUUCAUCUAGCCAGCAGAAAGAAUCCAGAGAAACAGACCUGCUCAGCGGGAUGGACGGCAAAGGCUCCUACCAGGUGAAGGGCUGGAAGCUCACACAGCAGCAGUUUGUGGCCCUUCUGUGGAAGAGGCUGCUGAUUGCCAGACGGAGUCGGAAGGGAUUCUUUGCUCAGAUCGUCCUACCAGCUGUGUUUGUCUGCAUUGCCCUGGUGUUCAGCUUGAUUGUGCCCCCCUUUGGCAAGUACCCCAGCCUGGAACUUCAGCCCUGGAUGUACAACGAACAGUACACGUUUGUUUCCUUUCUGUGCCCCUGGAGAGAAGAGAGCUCAGGCAGACUGAGGGUGUUGACGCUGCUGAGGGCCAAGGGCAGGUGGACUCGAGAAUCACGCAGUGGAGUGCAUUUUAUCAGCUAUUCCAAAGCCCCGACACAGACUAAUAUCGUAUGCAAAGAACAGCAGGGAAUUGAACUUGAAAUGAGAGUCCUCUUUUGUCAUAUUUGAACUUUUCUCCUCUUUAUACUGGUAUUUCCAGCUACAGUUAUAUGUAUUUUAAGAAAAUAAUCUGCCCUUCUAAAAUCUAGGAUUAAGUUAUAAAUGUAUUUGGAUAUUUACAGCUAUGUGAAUUUUGUAGUUAAGUCAAAGGAUUUAUACACAUUGUACCUCUAGGAAGUUAAUGCUUUGUUUUUUUCCACAAUGCAAUUCUUGCAUUUUUUAUCUGUUAAGUUGUAGAUAUUAGCUAGUAUUUGUCCUUUAGACAAAAAUAGCCCUUACCUAGAAGAAGAAGGUAGCGGGAGGGGAAGAAUGAAGCAGGGUAAAUCGGAGGGGUAGACGAACCAUGAGAGACGAUGGAUUCUGAAAAACAAACUGAGGGUUCUAGAGGGGAGGGGGGUGGGAGGAUGGGUUAGCCUGGUGGUGGGUAUUGAGGAGGGCACGUUCUGCAUGGAGCACUGACUGGGUGUUAUGCACAAACAAUGAAUCAUGGAACACUUCAUCUAAAACUAAUGAUGUAAUGUAUGGGGAUUAACAUAAGAAUAAAAAAUUAAAAAAAAAUAGCCCUUACUUAUAACAAACAAUCCAGUACUUCAAACAAAAGAUUAAAGGAAUUUCUUGUUAGGCAGAAAUUUUCUUCAUUUUUGUAGGAUUUAUAGAUCUUUAGAUGGGGGAGAACAUGUCAGUGAUAUAAAAAACAAGGGAAGCUGGGGCACCUGGGUGGCUCAGUUGGUUUAGCGUCUAACUCUUGAUUUCGGCUGAGGACAUGAUCUCAGGGUCAUGAGAUCGAGCUCAGGACAUGAUCUCAGGGUCAUGAUCUCAGGGUCAUGAGAUCAGCUCAGGACAUGA